AUGUCAACUAUGGAAGCUACCCACGGCCACAGCAAGGCCUGCUGCAACAUUCCGCCUGUUGUAUCCUCUGAAUACGUGGCCAAGGGCUCGUACAACCAGCUCGGAGGAUUAAACACUUACGCAACAGGAUCCGAGAACGCCACCAAGGGGAUUGUGAUCAUUUCCGACAUCUUCGGGUAUUCCGAUCAGGCCCUUCAGGGUGCCGACAUUCUCGCGACCAGUCAUCGUCACCAGUACAAGGCUUUCAUUCCAGAUUGGUUUGAAGGCACCCCCUGCCCCUCAGAGUGGUUCCCACCCGAUACCGAGCAGAAGCAAAAGGAUCUGGGUGAAUGGUUUGGUAACCACAUGCCGCAAGGCCCUGCCGCUGCUUUGCCCAAGUAUGUUGCGGCCCUCAAGGCUGCAAACCCAUCCAUCACAUCGUGGGCUCUUGUCGGCUUCUGCUGGGGUGGUAAAGUUGCCGAGAUCAUCACCUCCGGCGAAGAAAACCCGUUCACGAUUGCUGCCGCCUGCCACCCUGCUAUGAUCGACCCCUCGGGGGCGGAAAAUAUCUCCAUUCCAUAUAUACUCCUGGCAGCAGGCGAGGACCCCGCUGAAGAUGUCAAGAAGUUUGAGAGUCAGUUGAAGGUGCCACACCAUGUGGAGACCUUUGCGGAUCAGGUACAUGGUUGGAUGGCGGCUCGGGCUGAUCUGUCUGACUCUCAUAUUCGUGACGAGUAUGCCCGUGGAUACAAGACGGUUUUGGAUUUCUUUGAGAAGCACUGGGUAUGA